UAGAUUUUACUGUUAAAACUAUGUAUAAACUAAUAGGACUGGUAUUUAAUAAAAGGAGCUCACAAUUGGUCGCAUUUAUUACCGCGUAUCGUGUGUUUUACAAUAGCUGGCAGUCAUCGGAUAAUCAUCGAUAUCAUAGUAGCCACUGGUGGUCGACAAACAGUUACCCGACAGCAGCAGUAGCCUAUAGAAAACCAAUGAGAUGGGCUCUAAUGCAAAACAACAACUACAACAGCUUGAAUACUAACGAUCUGGUCAAACAGUGUCAACCAUUUAUCGUAACGGUAUGUCAAACAAGUCAAUUGGACAGUUGGAUAAACACUGACCAAAGUACUGGUGUUAUUGUCGACAAUGUUGAGGGUUUGAUUGUGACCAACAAUCAUUGUGUGUUGGGAUCGGAUAUUAUACGUAUUUACGUACAUCAGCCGCCAGACAGACCACUAACCUAUGAUCAAGUGUUUGUCGAUCAUCCACGACAUGAUGUCGUCGAAGAUAUUGUUGGCCGAGUAGUCUAUACGGAACCCUAUCGUGCACUGGCUCUCAUACAAUUGCCACCAAUCAAACCGGGUGUGUUAGCCCAGGCUGUGUUUGACACGGACUGCGAACCGGGCGAUCCAGUCCUGACGAUUGCUGCCUAUACGGAUCGAGUGGAAACCGUCGACGGCGUUAUAGUUGAUCCGCAAAUUCCAGAAAUCUGUAGCAGAUUUUUUAUGUCCAGUAGCGGUGUCUGUCCAACCGAUAGUUUUGGCCAGCACACCGGGUUCUGUAGAAUAGUCUAUUCGGGUAGUCCAGUGGUCAAAACAGCCAAUGGCCAAGUAGUGGCCAUUCACAAUGUCGGUUCACAGAACUCAUCGUCUGAUAGUAUAGGACUAAAAGCCAAAGCUGUUUUAGAUUUUAUAGCUAAAGGCAAACAGUUUAUGGCCACAAAUAGACAGUUAGCUAAUACGGAAAGGGAACAGUCAUAUAGUAAUAGAUAUCAUAAAAAACUAUUGGGACUCAUAUUGGAAGGCAAUGUUAUCAGAGAAUAUUCUAUGGCAUCACAUGAAGUCAGAAACAAUUUGUCUAUCGGUGACACAAUUCAGGCCAUCAAUGGUAACCCGUGUACAACAUAUGUAGCAUUUGUAGACCAACUUCAAGCAGUACCCGAUAAUCAAACGGUUACGCUAACCGUUUUACGAAAUGGUUUGGACCCACCUAUAGAAGUUCAGGUCACACCAGUUGUCAUUAAUAGGUUUACUCUUUAA